GACCAAUAGAAUAGUAGAGUGUAGUGACGCUGCUUCCUGGUUGGUAUCUUUGCGGGAAGUUCGUUCCUCCGGUGGUUUAACAACCUUCGGUCUACCGUAAACAUCAACUGACGAUGAAUCCUAAAGCUGGUGGGAAGCGCAGAGCUCCAGCUAAGAGGAAGCUGGCGGAGGAGUUUCCACCUGGAGAAGUCCUCACAGCUACAGGGAAGAAGUCCUGGAAGCUGGGGGCUCCGAUCGGACAGGGGGGCUUUGGAAUCAUAUAUUUAGCUGAGGAGAAUUCUGCUGAAGCUGUGGGAGCUGAUGCUCGUUAUGUCAUCAAAGUGGAGCCCAGUGACAACGGGCCGCUGUUCUCUGAGCUCCACUUCUACAUGAGAGCUGCCAAGCCUGAAUCCAUUGAGAGAUGGAUGAAGUCUCAUCAGCUGAAACAUCUGGGAGUUCCCAGGUACUGGGGCUCAGGUCUGCAUGAGAGAGGAGGGAAGAAGUACAGGUUCAUGGUUAUCGACCGGCUUGGCACAGACCUGCAGAAGAAGUUUGAGGCAUGCGGACGGAGAUUUCCCAGAAAACUGGUUCUACAGCUUGGUCUUCGACUGCUAGAUACUCUGGAGUACAUCCACGACCACGAGUACGUGCACGCCGACAUUAAGCCGUCCAACCUCAUGUUGAGCCACAGCGAUCCCAACCAGGUUUACCUGGUAGAUUAUGGGCUGGCAUACAGGUACGCUCCAGACGGUACGGUCAAGGAGUACAAGGAAGACCCCAAGAGAUGUCAUGAUGGCACCAUAGAGUUCACCAGCAUCGAUGCCCACAAAGGAGCAUCUCCCAGCAGACGCAGUGAUCUGGAGAUCUUGUGCUACUGCAUGGUUCAGUGGCUCUGUGGACGGCUGCCCUGGGAGGACAAACUUCAGGACCCCCUGUAUGUGAGAGACUCCAAAAUCAGGUGUCAAGAAAACAUCUCCGAGUUUCUGACCCAGUGUUUUUCCUCUCAGGAGAAGCCAGAUGAGAUCCAGAGGUUCAUGGAAGAGGUUAACUCUCUGGGAUACUGUGACAAACCACCGUACGAAAAGCUACGCUCCAUCCUGCAGGACGGACUGACUUCCUUUCAGGCUAAAGAUGACGGCAAACUGGACUUCACUCCUGUCAGUGGAGCGCUGAAAGCUCCAGCCCAGAAGACAACCAAGAGACGGAAAGCAGCAAACGAUGCAGAUGAGAGUGAAACUGAUGGAAGCCCCAUCAAGAAAAUGAAAGUCCCAAAGAAACAAGAAGUUAAUGGAGUGAAGAAAAGUCCCAAGAAAAGUCCCAAGAAAAGUGUCAAGAAGGCUCCUAGACCCAGGAAGGCCCCCCAAGCUGCCAAACAGAGCGAGUCCAAAGGCAGCCUGGUGGAGAUGGGAACCCAGACAUCACCUGGAUUAGUCCGGAAAUCCAGAAGCAGAACCAGAUAAACAAGCAGAUGAACAUCCAGCUCCAAACACUCCUCCACCCUCCUGGUUCCUUUAAGGUGUUUAUGUUCUACCUGAUCUUCUCUGCUGAUCGAUGCUCAUACUUGAUGGUCUUUUAUGUGAUUAAAACCACGUUUGUUGUAAUAAAGAGGAAAUUAAAUUUA